CUUGAACGGAACUACACACUGGUCAGACGUUUUCUGCGGCGCGAUCGCUGCUCGCGAUCCUUCGAUCGGUACCGGUACAUCGUACGUUGUCCUUCUUCGACUUGGUCGAUAUUUGUAUCGCGAGUAAAAUCGCGGAAUCUGAUCGAAAUCGAUUGAAAAAUGCGCCCGAAUUGAAAGGCGUAGGAAAUUUGAAAAUACUCUGGGAAAUAUAAAUAUUGCUGGCAUUUACGUCGUUUUUCACUGUAUGGAAAUCGUAGAAACGCAGAAUUCGUUGCGGAGGAUUUGAAAAGCGCGCCGAAAAGGAAGCGGGAAAUUCGAUAAUACACAGGGAAUUACAAACGUCGUUGCAUUUUGAGACCAUCGGUGGCAUUUGCGUCAUUUUUAUCGUGUGAAAUUCAUAAAAUUGCAGAAUUCGUUUGUGAAGGAUUUGAAAAGCGCGCCGAAAAGGAAGCGGGAAAUUCGAUAAUACACAGGGAAUUACAAACGUCGUUGCAUUUUGAGACCAUCGGUGGCAUUUGCGUCAUUUUUAUCGUGUGAAAUUCAUAAAAUUGCAGAAUUCGUUGUGGAGGAUUUGAAAAGCGCGCCGAAAAGGAAGCGGGAAAUUUGAAAAUACUCGCGUGGAAUUGCAAACCUCGUUGCAUUUUGUGAGCAUCGGUGACAUUUGCAUCGGUUUUACCGUGUGAAAUUCGUAAGAACACAGAAUUCGUCGAGCAGAAUUUGAAAGGCGGGCCAAAAGUAAAACACGUGGAAAAUAUGAAAAUAUUUAAACAAUUGUAAACGUCGUUCCACUUUGCAAUUAUCGGUGGCAGUUGCAUAAUUUAUACUGCACGAAACUGGUAAAAACACAGACUUCGGUGCGCAGUAUUCGAAAAGCGCGGGAAAUCUGAGAAAGGCGGGAAAUUCGAACGCUCAAAUUCCCAAAACAACAAAAUCGUCAGAUUUCCAAAAGACUGAAAAUUUCCAAACGAAGAACGCUCACAAAAUUAGAUGUAAAAUUCUUCAAAAACGUAAACAAUAGUAAAAUCUUUCACGGAGAAUUCAAAGCCGAAACAUCGAAAGUUCAGACUCCGCGGACAGAUUCUUCGGAGAGGAACCGAACGAGACUUUGAUUCUUAGAUUCGACUAGGAAGAGAGCUCGUCCUUCGACGAUAAAACCCACGAAGAUGCGCAACACGAGCACAGAGCAAGUUCUGAAGGACGAGGAAUGCUUCGAGAUCAUUCGGAAGAAGCUGCACCGGGACGCAAUGGAGGAUUUCUCGCUGAUCACGUACGAGGUGGUGCCGAUCGACGAGGUGAACGGCUUCAUGGGCCAGUACUUCACCUUGAAGGCUACGGUGGCCUGCCCGCAGUCACCAUUGGAAACGAAGAGCAUCAACUUCUUCACGAAGAUACCACCGCCAUUGAGCAGCCCCCAGUACGACUUCAUGAGGGAGUACGGCAACUUCAAGAAAGAGGUGAAUCUGUACACGACGGUCUUCCCGGAAAUGCUGGACGGCCUCGACAAAAUGUGCAUCCCUGAAUGCUUCCUGGGUCUGGAAGACGACGUGAUCGUGUUAGAGGACAUGGCGCACAGCGGCUUCGAGAUGACCGACAAGCUGAAGCCAUUCGACCUCGAGCACUGUAGGAUCCUGAUGAGGAUGCUGGCCAAGUUCCACGCGAAGUCGCUGAUCUUCGAGGAGGUGUACCAGAAGAACCUGCACGACGAGUUCUCGCACUGCAUGCAGGAGACCCUGUGGCCGCUGAAGGACGGCAGGGCGAAGGCGAUGUUCGACGCUGCUGUGAAGGGCACCAUUUCUGUAAUAGACUUGAUGCCCGGCCUGGACCAGGAGCAGAGAGCCAAGUUCAAGGCCAUAGUCGAAGAACUCUGCGAGAAUCACACGGGGAAACUGCUGCCCUCGACGAAACACAAAAAUGUGCUGUGUCACGGGGACCUGUGGGCCAACAACAUUCUCUUCAAGUACGAUGACGACGAGAAGCCUGUCGAGUGCUGUCUUAUCGACUUCCAGCUCGCCAGGUACAACCCGCCGGCGCACGACGUCCUCUGCUUCCUCCAGUUCACGACGGUCCGACAACUUCGCGAAGACCACUGCAACGAGCUCUUCAAGAUCUACCAUGAAACGGUGUCCGCGGCUCUGAAGGACGCAAACUUGGACAUCGAGAAGCUGCUGCCCUGGGACGGGUUCGUCGAGUCCAUCGACGACCUAAGAAAGAUGUGCAUCCUCCAUGGCAUCCUUAACAUCCCCAUCAUGCUUCUGGAGCCUGUGGCAGCCAGCAAAUAUUUCAGCAGGGAACCGGAGCUGCUUGAAAACGUUUUGUACGUCGACAGGACACCGUUGAUGUGCGAGCAGAUGAGGGACGUGCCCAGGUACAGGGAGAGGCUGAUAGAUGCUCUAUUGGAGCUACACGAACACGUAGCCGGCUAAGAAUCGCUCUGUCAUCUGGUGCUUGUUUUUUCGUAACGGAUCCGCGGUCUUCUUUAUCUUGCUGACUUGGAAAGUGAGCGAUGAGCACGGCGAGUCGAGAGAUAGUCUCGGGUAGUCUCGAAAGCUCGAGGAACACGAUCAAUUAUGGUUAGGACGAUUCACGCUGGGAAACAGUGUGACACAUUCCUUUUUCAGGAAUGAAACCUGAAGAUCACGUUAGGUUUUAUUUUCAUAACUACGAUUUGUCCGAUCUUAGGCGAUCUCUCUAUAGUUUUUGCUUUUUAUAGUGAUACAGAUUUGUUACUAUUGUUGUUUAUAAUAGCUUUUUUAUGAGUUUUAGGUGGAAGGUUUUAAUUUAUCGAUUGGUUUCAGUGAAAUCUGACGCAGCUUCUUCCUUUUCGAUAUUUUCUUGUUUCAAAUAGAGAAUUCUUUUGCUGAAAAUGUUCCUGCUUUUGUGAAUCAGCUUACCGAAAUUGUAGGUUAUUUCUUGUAAGUAGGAAAUUGUGUAGUUAGAAAAUUUUUAGUUAAAUAAUCGAGAGUUUUUAAGGAAGGAUUUUUUUGAAUAACUUUGUACCGGUUAGAUUGUUAUUGUGGUAGCUGAAAUAUUAUCUAGAAUAGUUUUGUAUCUGUUUAGGUAGUAUUUAGGAAAUGUUUCAUGUCAUUGAUAUUGUUAUUAUGUUCGGCGUUAAUAAUUAUGUUACGAAUGAUUUUGUAUUAUUCAGAAUGUUGUUACGUUUGGUGUCAAUAAAGAAAAAUGUUGUUUAGAGA